AGAGAGUUAAUCAGUUCGUGCCUGGCAAGUAAUAUAGAAUUGUGGGAAAUAUAUACUAGGGUGAGUAACUCCCGCCUUCUCACCAGUGCAGGCAUUCAUUUCUGGGAAAGUGAAGGAAACGUGAAAGAUAAAAAAAAAGUGCGUGUUGUGCUUAUAUAAAGUGAAUUCUGACUUCUCCGUUCAUACUCACGACACCGGUGACUUCUCUGUCACAUGUCAUCCGAGAGGCACGACAGAGGUUUCCACAGAAAUCACCAUCCCCCCAGUGGGCCAGGCCCUGUUUCGUCACAAUGGAGCGAAAGGCACUACCAAGGUUACCAGACUCCACACAUCAGCCCAGAGACAACUUCAUCUCAACAAUACUACACACAAGAUCCACGCUGGGGCAGCGGCGCGCAAGUGAAUGUUGAGCCGCACCGCGUCCCAGCAGGUCCCGAGCGGCGGAGGGAACAAGAGCGGCGACGCGUGCGUGCUCAUCCACAGCCACACGGGGACAGCUAUUGGACAGAACACCUUAGGUAUUCAGAAAAUGGUGAAGGCUCAGAGUAUUUUUGCGGCAGAACGUCCCUGCCUAGGGUUGCACGGGGAGGCGAUUUAGGUGUGAAUCAAGGCUAUGCACCAGCCAAUGAAAGCCAUCCCGUUCCCUUGAGCCAGAGGAACGGAUCAGAUGUCAGCAUGGGAAGGCGAGAUGAGCAUGCAUGGUCGUGGGCCGUAAGAGAUGAGCAUAACGAUAGGGGAGCCUACCGGGAGGAGCAGCAAGGCCCCAGCAGGGAGUCCAGCAGGGUGUACUAUUCCUCCGGACACCGGGGGACAGUUAAGGACCAGCAAGGUGACAGUCACCAGCCACAUUAUGAGGAAGAGGUUUAUUACAGGGCGCCUCGGAGACAUGAAAACGAGCUUCAGGGAUCGCCGUCGGAAUGGGAAGAAGACAUUCAGAACAUGUUGCCAUCACAGGUCGAUCUUCAUAAAGGUACUCUUCGCUUUCGUGGGAGUGUCCGCGGCCGCAGGGCUUCCCACGGCAAUCGUGUACACGCCUGGGAGGAGCAGGAACCUGAGGACGAGCCCAUGGCGGAGGCCGAAAUGCUGGAAGCGCUCGACUCUCUGCGAGACCAGCCGUGGGCACUACACCUGCGCAGGGAAACCAAAAACCGACUCAGUGCAAAGCUGGCCAAUACCGAAGUGAAGUGGUACUCGACGCAGCCCGUAGCCAAGGCGGUGAGGAAGGGCGGAAGCUCUCUGGCCAGGGUCCUCCAGGCUAACUACAUAUGGCGCAACGUCCUCAAACGCAUCGAGGGGAGGUUUGGGUCCAGCGUCUAUGCGUUUUUCAAUUUUCUGCGAGCCAUGAUCCAGCUGAACCUAGUGCUCAGCCUGGUGGUGGUGGGCGGCGUGGUGGUGCCCUCCAUCCUGCUGGCCGGCGACCCUGGCCUACAGGAGUGGGGAUGGAUGGCAAUUGACAACUCUACUGGCAAUCAUGAUCCUUGCCUCGACUUCCAGCUGGAGGCAAACGAGAAGUUCCUGAUUUGCAACGAGAACUAUACCAAGAACCUCAAGGAGAUUGAACAAAACCACGAACUAAGCUUCAUAAAGUUAGUUCAAGAUUUCCUGCAGGGCACCGGCUUAUUUGAGUGGACGUUCCUUUUCGCGGGUCGCUACCCUGCCUCGGCUGGCGACAGCAGUUACCUGGCCAGCCUCGCAUACCUCCUGUCGGUCUUCACUGCUUACUUCAUCUCCUUUGUUUUCGUCGUGUACUUCGUGGCAAAAUUCUUCCGCCAGAUACCUCUACGAUUGAGAGAGAAGUCCACGACCUUUGCCAACAUCGUUUUCACCGGCUGGGACUUCACAGUGCGGGGGGCUGAGGCGGCCCGGACGGUGCACAUCUGUAUCACGGGAGAGGUGAAGACGGCUUUUGACGAUAACCAGUUCCUUCAAAGAAAAUUACGUCGUACAAAGCGGGAGUACGUUACUCUUUUCCUCACCCGAGCAUGCGUGAACGUUUUGGUUGCCGGUCUCAUCAUCGGAGGCUGGGUGGGCAUCUACUUCCUCGUGGAUAUAUCCCAGAAAAACAUCGACGGAGACUCAUAUGAAACAUUUUUUUGGGAGUACGCUCCGACUGUCACUGUGGCAGCCUUCAACUUUUUGUACCCCUUGUUGUUCACUUUUGUGGUGCAAUACGAACACUACCGUGGCCACACCGAGCUUCUUGUCACUCUCAUUCGCAGUGUUUUCGUCAGACUAACAUCCCUGGUUGUUCUUAUUUCCACAAAACUCAUCGUGAUAUCUCAGGAGUCACGAAACUGUGAUCCCGAAGACCCUUACAUCUGCUGGGAGACGCACCUCGGCCAGCAGGUUUACUCAGUCUUCGUCCUGGACGCCAUCCUGCAGUGCGGUAUGACCUUUGUGGUGGACGUCACCCGCAAAGCACUUGGCCGCUUCAACAGUCCUUUACUGAAGACACUGAGUCAAAUAGAGUUCUUUGUUCCCGGCCACGUGUUGGACGUCGUAUACCUUCAGUGCAUUUGUUGGCUAAGCAUCAUUCACGCUCCGGUAUUGUUCAUUGUAUGCUCGCUUUACUUUUGCCUUCUCUUUUUCUUGAAGUUGUUCACCGUAUCAGUCACAUGUGUUCCAGCGACGCGAGUGUUCCGCGCCUCCCGCUCUUCCGCCAUGUUCAUGACUAUCUUGUGCCUCGCCUUUCUGCUGUGUCUUGUCCCCAACGGCAUGGCGCUGCUCUAUCUGCGUCCCUCGCUCGCCUGCUCGCCCUUCAGAGGACUCGACUACAGCUGGCAGGUGCUUACCUACUACAUCUGCGGGCUGACCGGCUCCACCUACUGGAUCAGGUGGGUGGUGUUCGCCGUGGACGAGGCAGUGGUGGUGGGAGCGCUGAUAGUGAUCGUUCUGUUGCUCCUCGUCUACUACCUCUCCCUCGUCAGUGUCCGCAACGCCCUCAUCAGAAGGCUGGAGAAGAAGCUCAAGCUUACAUCCAAUGACAAGGUUUUCCUCAUGAACCAACAAGAGCAACAACGAAUUCCUGCUCCUGGCCAGAUGUGAAGCAUCUGCUCGUGUUCUUUUACGUGUUCCUUUCAGAUGAGCGUUUCACCUUCAAAUUAGUGUUCAGCAGUCUGUUCAAUAUCCUUUUUUAUCUGUCAGUGUGCUGUCGCUGCUGGCUUGACUGGCGUUAUAAUUAGCAUUGGUUGUGUCGUGGAAGGCGUGAGAGCUGUGCAGCGUAAUGAAUACCACAAUCCCGUGAACCUUUGAUUAAAAAAUCGGCAAUGAUUUUUUCAUGUUACCAAUCACUUAAUCAGAUUUCGCUGUGAUUCACCUGUAGCGUCUUGCGGGUAAUGAGGACUGGGUGGUGGAAAAAAAACGUCGUGCAUCACCAGUUUGUUCCGCGAGGGACUUGUCUAUGGAAUUAUGGAAUUUUCAAGCUAGUCUACCAUAUUGUCUUUUUAUGCUGUUCGGUAGUUAAACAUGCCCUUCUGGCCCGCUAAUCAGGACAAGGCGGCAUGGUUUUAAGCAGCACCGACACACUGCGGAAGGCCGCAUUACUGUGCUGGAGAACGCCGCCAAGACGUGCCAGCCACAGGUAUUGGUUGGCAUCACUUCAGCGCAAUUUUCAUACGAGCCCCAAGCCAAGAACCCCCGGACACAUCCAGACAUAUCAUACUUCAUUCGUUCCAACCCGAGAUGUGAGGAUACACGUGCCGCCGGUGAGAUUUGAUCAAGGCAGUACUAUGAAUGAACUUGAGGUGUAAUAAUAAUAAUAAUAAUAAUAAUAAUAAUAAUGAUAAUAAUAAUAAUAAUAAUAAAAAUAAUAUUUGUAGGAAUAUUUACCAAGAAAAUCAUACAUAUGAAGGCACACAUAUUAUAUAACAUACAAUACAUGUAACUUACAAUAAAAAACACCUCCCUAAAAGACCAUAAAAGAAAAAGAAAAUAAUACAAAAUAAAAGUAUGAAAAAAUAAGAUAGAUAAAUAACUGAAUCUAAUAUUAUCACUGCGCAAAUUUGACACGUGAACUGAGUAGCCUGCGGUGCUGUGGUGUGUGGUGGUGUGUGGUGGUUUCGUUGGAGUUUGGACCAGAAACUCGUUAGCGUGGAGUGUUUGUAGCGGGGUGUUCUGCAUCCCACACUUUGCAAUAUUUCUAGUAAUGAAUUCCUUCAAUGUGCAUCCCUUCCUUAAAAACUGUAGAAGUCAUUUAGUAAUAUGUUUGUCUGUAAUGGUUGACAUCAAGCUUUUUUCCCAAAAUUUUAAAGUAAGUUCCUCUCGUCUUGCAAACUGUUUGUGUAUUUAACAUUAAUAAGACUGAUUCAUAUUUGCUGUAAGGACGAUUCUGAAGCAGCGGUGUGUGUGUGUGUGUGUGUGUGUGUGUGUGUGUGUACCUUUUACUUCUACCUCUCCUCCCACAAUUAAACUUUAUUUUUAUUUUUAUUAUCAUUAUUAUUAUUUAUUAUUUAUUAUUAUUAUUAUUAUUAUUAUUAUUAUUAUUAUUAUUAUUAUUAUUAUUAUUAUUAUUUAUUUAUUUAUUUAUUUACUUAUUUUAUUUAUUUAUUUAUUUUUUUAUGGAACUCAUGUAGGGACACAGAGAAUCAGGUGUCAAGUUUUACCCCGCCGACUGGACGCUGAUCGGUCAAUUUAACUGUAAGGUUAUACAUAUUAGAGAAUAAUGUGUGUGUGUGUGUUUGUGUGUGUGUGUGUGUGUGUGUGUGUGUGUGCAAUAAUGGUGGCAAAAAUAUCAACAACAACAACAACAACAACAACAACAAGGAUAAGAACAAGAAGAAAAGAACAGAAAAACAAUAACAAGAAAAGGAGAAGAGAUGAAGAAGAAGAAGAAGAAGAAGAAGAAGAAGUAGAAGAAGAAAGAGUUUACUGGUGUAACUAUAUAGAGAGGAAUGAAUAUUGCAGUACAGUAAAGACGCGCAUAUUCCUUAAAACUGAUCUUUUCUCGAGGUAAUGAUGACGUCCACUCCGCAUCACGAGUUGUGAACUGAAUCAUGUAUCAUGUAUCCAAGUAGCCGAUAUCAGCACAAGUAAAACACGCCCUGGUCGAGAUUUUUGAAAAAAAAAAAAUAAUAAUAAUAAUGAUAAUAAUAAUAAUAAUAAUAAUAACAAUAAUACUAAUAAUAAUAAUAAUAAUAAUAAUAAUAAUAAUUAUCAUUAUAAUGAUAAUAGCAAUAAUAACAAUGUUUCAUUCAGCUGUGCCUCUCGUUUAUCCCUUCUCACAAUAGCACGUCACUGAACUGCAAGCGUCAGUAAUGGUUAUUCCAUGGAGAAACGUUUUCCUCAACUUGGCAAGAUAAAAUUUGUAACAUGAGGAAUAGAGCGUCGUGAAAUUAAUCCAUGUUAGGAAGCAAGACCUGCCUUUCACUGCAGUACUGGGUGCAGUCUCCCGCCAUACCUGUCCAGGCCAUGCCAUGCAGCACUGGAGGGUUCCUGACAACUUUCCAGACACAUAAAACAUUUUGGGCAGCAAAUUGUUGACCUGCCAUGUGGAUCAAUACAAGAUCAUAUACACAGAUCAGUCACUCCUGGACAGUUACCAGCUAAAACAAUCCAGAAAUUAUCAUUCAGAAUAAUAUAAUCAAUAGUUUCAAUUUACUGUGGACAUCAGAAAACAAAACUAAUAUAUAAAUAAUUCUUUAUUGUUGGAUAUAACCACAUAUACAAAAAUCAAAGACUACACUACCACUUCCUUUGUUAAGGUAAACCUGUGAUCCUUUGGUUUCUGCAAUUUUGUUGUAACACUAAAGGCAUUAAUAAAUUGCAAAAUCAGAUUUCUUUGCUGAAAAUAAUUGCACUGGCUAAAAAUACUGGCUUGACAAGUUUUUGUGUCAGCUUUGUACCUGAACACCGCCUACUUGCUGUGCUCUGUCUUAUGACUGGUUGAUACUGUAAUGUCUAUUUCCCCAAUUAUUUACUUCUGAUUUUCAAUGACAGCAAAUGUAUUUUUCUAUGACUUGCAUCAAACUUCUACGGAAGAGUAACCUUUGAUAAUUAUUUGAGCACAUGAGCAUUAUAUUAACAAUUCCAGGAAAAGAGGAGAGCAAAACACAUGGAGAAAGAUUGCGUCAUACACAAGAAAGAAAUGUGUUGUACUAAUUAAUCAAUUAAUACUUAUAACCUAUAUUACUAGCAAUGAUAAUGAUCAAGUGAUAAAUAAUAUAUAUUUUCAGUUCUACAAUAACUGUAACACUACAUACUUGGAGCACUUCCAUGAUUCAGCCCCAGUCACACUGUAUGACACAACAGCACACACUAGUUUACAUAACCCCAAAAGGGUUGACUUCCAUGAAACAGCCACUGCUGUAGCCAACCCCAUGCAAACUAUCCAAAACUUUCACAUAUUGGCAUGUAAAGAAGGAAGAAUAUUACAUGUGUGGAAACAUUCUGCAUAAAAAAACACUGCAAGUAUUGUCAUUAAUUACACAUAUGUUCUUAUAGUUAUUAAUAAAUUACAUCACUUAGGGAUCAAAGCAAAGAACAAAAGUUGUUGGCCAGAUUUAACCAUGAAAAAAAGAUGAUAAUAAUAAUAAUAAUAAUAAUAAUAAUAAUAAUAAUAAUAAUAAUAAUAAUAAUAAUAAUAAUAAUAAUAAAAUAAAUAA